AUGUGUCGACCGAUUGAAUCUCGUAAAUCGUUGGAUGCCAUGGGCAUGGCCGCCGCCGCAAUGUUUGUGGGCCCUCAGCCUGCAGCAAACAACAAUCAAGCUUUGGCGAGCCAGAACGUCAAGGCCACCACCGAGCACGCGCCUGUAUGGUUCACUGCCAAUGACAUGGGCUUUAACGUGGACGGCAUGAACAUGCUGAGCAUGGCGGCGCCGCCCCCGGCUCUGCCCUUCGUGUCAUUUUCGGAGAACAACAGCCUACCGGCAAUGCCGUGGGGCGCUGUUAUCCCCAUGGUCGAUCUGAUGAGCAUGGGCUUGCCUAGCAACCAAUAUGCGUCCGUCCCGACCCCCUUGGAACCUAAGCCCGACAUGAUGCAACUUAGCUUUGAAUCCCAGAAACUGGAGAAGCUGCUUAAAUUCUCAAUGCCCGGUGACUUGGCGAACGUCGGGGGUAAGGAUAAGCCCGAUCUCUUGAACAUCGACGACGACUUUGAUGGAACGGAAAUGUCCAUUCUGUACAGCUUUCUGGUGGACAACCCCAAGGAUAAGUACAAGAAGACUACUGAGGUCGAUGAUGGCAUUUUAAACAUCAACAUGUUACCGGGAUCUCCUAUCGAGGGGCAUGUGGAUCCGUGCGGGACCGACUAUACGGACCUGGAGCUCAUGAUGAUCCUGCGUCGUCCGGAGCCCUGUAUGGCGGCCCCACAAGCUUUGAGUAGCCCUAGUGAAGUCAAGAACCGUCGACUUUGCAAGAGCGAAGGCUGCUAUAAGCGGUCACGUUCGAAUGGUCUGUGCAUUUCGCACGGCGGCGGUCGUCGCUGUGCUGUGGACCGCUGUGACAAGAGCUCACAGGGCGGCAACCUUUGCAUCCGUCAUGGCGGUGGGAAGCGGUGCUGUCACGAGGGCUGCCACAAGGCGGCGCAGUCAAAUUUCUUGUGCAAGGCGCACGGUGGCGGCCCGCGUUGCCAGUUUGAUGGUUGUUCGCGCAGCUCGCAAGGCGGUGGCUUCUGUCGCUCGCACGGUGGAGGUAAGCGCUGCAUGUCCGAUGGCUGUGAGAAGGGUACGCAGCGCGGCGACUACUGCGCGCUUCACGGUGGAUCCCGUCUGUGCGAGGCGCCGGACUGCAUGCGGAACGACCGUGGUGGAGGCCUGUGCGCUACCCACGGUGGAGGCAAACGCUGCACUAUGGCCGUGUGCAAUAGGCCGUGCCGACGCAAAGGCCUGUGCUCUGCACACCUGCGCCAGGUGGAGGGUAUAAAGAGAUAA